UCUAAUAAUGAGAACAGAGGUUUCAUCUAAUGCAGAGAAUGACACCAAUUCUGUUGAUUGUUGGCUUCGGGGUAUUCCUCAGCUACCUGCAUUUACACAGAAAGGGGAUUACAUAAUUGGGGGUGUAUUCCAAAUGCAUUACUACAUGAAAACAGUGAAGAAAAACUACCCGAGCCCUCCAGAGCCUCUCAAAUGCACAGGAAGGUGAGUUAGUCAGAGAAGAAAAUAAAGGGGGUUGAUCUAUAUUUCAACUUUGAAAGCAAAUUAAAUAUACCGUCAUGAAAGUAUAUAUAUUUUUUAUAUUUUUGUUUACAGCAUGGAAACCCGGGAACUGCGCUUCUCGCGUGCAAUGGCCUUUGCCAUCAACGAGAUCAACAACAGCUCAGAUCUUCUGCCGGGGGUCGCACUUGGUUACAAAAUACAUGAUUCUUGUGCCUCAACCCCCAUGGCCGUGCAGGUGGCGUUUCAGUUUACAAAUGCCCCACCUUUGUAUAAAAGCAGCAAAGUGUGUUCGCAAUCAGGAAGGGUGUUGGCAGUUAUUGGUGAUUCUGGAUCAACGUCAUCCAUCAGCAUAUCUCGAAUCCUUGGGCCCUUGGACAUUCCACAAGUUAGUCCCUUCGCUACCUGUGCGUGUUUGUCUGACAAGACGCAAUACCCAACCUUUUUUAGAACCAUCCCUAGUGACCAUUUCCAGGCUCUCGCUCUUGCCAAACUCGUGAAACGUUUUGGGUGGACUUGGAUUGGCACUGUUCAGUCUAACUCAGACUAUGGCAACAAUGGGAUGGCCUCCUUUUUACGAGCAGCGCAGAAGGAGGGUAUAUGUGUGGAAUACUCUGAAUCGUUUAAUAGAAAUGAUCUGCAAAGCAAGAUUCAACAGGUGGCUGAAGUGAUUCGCAGAUCUACAGCCAUGGUUGUCGUGGCAUUUACAGCUCCAGAAGACUUGCGGGUUCUGCUGGAAGAGCUGACGGUACAUCCCUCUCCUCCUCGCCAAUGGAUCGGCAGUGAAGCCUGGGUAACCCAUUCAGAGGUUCAGAGAUUUCACCUGCUUGCAGGAGCGAUUGGAUUUGCUAUUCCGAAAUCUAACAUACCAGGUUUUAGAGAAUUCCUUCUAGAUCUUUCACCUGUUAAGGUGGCUGCUUCACACGUGCUCACGGAGUUCUGGGAGGGUGCAUUCAACUGUCUGCUAGAAAAACGAGCUGGCUCAGUGGACAAAGUCCUUGAUCAGUUGAAAAGGGUGAAUUUCUCUCGUAAUGGUUACCACGUCUCAUUUGAUGCCAAUGGUGACCCUGUGGCCUUCUAUGAGCUGAUUAACUGGCAGAUAAAUGAGAACGGUGGUCUGGAGUUUGUAACCGUGGGACAUUAUGAUGAGUCCCUUUCUCCUGGCCAGAAGUUCAAUAUCAAAAGUGAAAUCAGUUGGGCAGAUGGUGGCAUACAGGUGCCUGUGUCCGUAUGCAGUGACAGCUGUCCACCAGGAACACGCAAGGUUCUCCAGAAGGGGAAGCCGGUUUGCUGCUAUGACUGUGUACCAUGUGCUGAAGGAGAGAUAAGCAAUUAUACUGAUUCAUCUGACUGUUCCCCAUGUCCCAAUGAGUUCUGGCCCAAUGCAGAGAAGAACUUCUGUCGUCCCAAGCUUGUUGAGUUCCUUUCCUUUCACGAGAUCCUUGGAAUUAUUUUGUCAGCAUUCUCUAUAGCAGGAGCCUGUUUGACCAUCAUUACAGCCAUAGUGUUGUUCAAGCACAGAUUUACCCCUGUAGUUAAAGCUAACAACUCUGAGCUGAGCUUCCUGCUGCUAUUCUCCUUGACUCUGUGUUUCCUGUGUUCUCUGACCUUCAUCGGCCGUCCCUCAGACUGGUCCUGUAUGCUUCGCCACACAGCUUUUGGGAUCACCUUCGUCCUCUGUAUCUCUUGUGUUCUGGGGAAAACGAUCGUGGUAUUGAUGGCAUUUAAAGCUACAAUCCCAGGUAGCAAUGUAGCAAAAUGGUUUGGCUUAACACAGCAGAGAAUGACUGUAGUAUCUUUUACAUUUGUUCAAGUUCUGAUAUGCAUUGUUUGGCUUGUUCUGAAGCCUCCUUACUCUCAUAGAAAUCUGACCAUCUACAAGGAGAUAAUAAUUCUAGAAUGUGCAUUAGGCUCAGCAUUAGGUUUCUGGGCUGUGCUUGGGUACAUUGGGCUCCUUGCCGUAUUUUGUUUUGUAUUAGCUGUUUUAGCCCGAAAACUACCUGACAAUUUUAAUGAAGCUAAGCUAAUCACAUUUAGUAUGCUUAUAUUCUGUGCUGUUUGGAUAACUUUUAUCCCAGCUUAUAUCAGUUCCCCUGGGAAGUUCACUGUAGCUGUGGAGGUGUUUGCCAUUUUGGCCUCUAGUUUUGGAUUGAUUAUCUGUAUAUUCUUUCCAAAAUGUUUUAUUAUUUUGUUUAGGCCUGAGAAAAACACCAAGAAACAUUUAAUGGGUAAAAAAUAGAAAGUA